AUGGCACCUCGCGUCGUGCCCGGCAACCCGCAAUGGAUUGAAUGGAUCAGGACACUCGAGCUCGCCGCCGAGGAAAAGGGUUCUCGAGCGGCCAACUCGUGGGCCAAGGUACGUCCGGCCAGCCACUCCACCCGAUCCCGUUCCAGGCUGACGCUCGUCUCUUUGCGAUCACCCUCCCUCGACGCGUUCCGCCCCCCACUCAGGCAAGGAGGUCGUUCGAAAAGUGCCCGAUCGUGUUCAAUCACCCCGACGAAGCGCUGCAGCUCGAAGGUGUCGGCAGAAAGACGGUCGAAACACUGCUACACAAGAUCACUGAAGAAUGUAGACGCGUAGGUAUGCCUCUUCCAGAACGCGGUCAGUCAAUUUACUGGUUUCUCCGUUGAGCCGGGACCGAAAUCUUGACCCCUCUUUGCAACCUGGCACUGUGCAGCGACCGUGCCGAGACGAUUUGGGGCAGCAGCGAAGGGAGCGGUAGCAGCACCCGUUCGAGAUGCGACCACGGGGAAUGCCGUCCCUGGACCUUCUCGGAAACGUCCGAAUUCGGGCUCGGCGGCCCUGCAAGAAGCGGCCGAGGAUCAGUUGCGAGAAGCUCGACGGCGCAGGCUGCUCGGACUGCCCCCGGAACCUUCAAGCUCGCCCCCUCGCCACCAACACCACUCUGCCGGUAGGUAUGCCUUGGCUCGGAACGAGAACGUCAACGCUGCCGCCGGUCUCGCUCGAUCGCGCAAACCCGCGGUCCCCAAGGCCUACGUCCCGCGUCGGGGCUCGGGGUCGUACGCGAUCCUGCUCGCGUUGUACAAGAGCUCCUCGUACGACGAGCCGCAGGUGUGGACGACCAAAGCCAAAGUCAUGGAGGAAGCCUCCGAGUUGAGCGAGACUCCGAUGGAUCGACCCAUGGCGGCACGCAACGGCGGCACCGAAGCGGGGACGGGCUUUUACAGCGCCUGGAACGGCAUGACAACGUUGAUCAGCAAGGAGCUGGUCUCGUGCGACAACAAGCGGCCCAUCAAGUACUCAUUGACGGACGCGGGAUAUGCGCUCGCGGACAGCCUUGCAGAAGCUGCGGGCAUGGCGAAGCAUGUCAGGGGCCCUGGACCAGCUCCGGUCCUAUGGAACGCGCCGCCGCCACCGCCGCCGCCACCUCCAGGGGGCGUUCGCUCGUUUCAAGAGGACUUUGUCGAAGGCGGCACGGCGGGGCAUCGACUCGGAUGUGCAGCAUCGGCGAUAGAUCCCGCUUCCGUGGGACCGACGGGGCGGUACCCGAACAUUGCCCACCGCACUCGACCUCGCUCGCCCCCACUCUUUGCCGACCUCGGCCGCAUGGGCCACGACGAGGCUCGGUCCGAGGACGACGACGACGAUCCCGAGUUUGCCGAGCAGAUGCGUCAAGCAAAGGCGCUGAGUCGCCAGGAGAGUCAACACCCCUCCUCGUCGUCGACCGCGAUGAACCGGGAUCUGAUGAACCUACGGCCGCCGCUCCCACCCCUGCCCGCGAGCCGACCGUUCUUCGACUCGAGUCUCGACGGUCGCAGAGCCGUUUCGGGUCACUACGCCGCUGCUUUACCCGCCGCCCCAGGCGUUCCUGCCGCGGGCAAUGUCGAUCUCCCUUUUGAGUACUAUUACCUCGACGAGAGUGAGUCGUGUACCGAUAGCACUCUGCCACUCCCAUGGCCCAGGACAUUGCUGAGCCCGCGUUUCCCACGACCCCUCACCACUCCGCAGCUGACGCGAGGGUAACUCGACGCGACCAAGCCGAGGUGGGACAGGAAGAGGGGACGCUCGCACCGAUGUACCGCGUCGAGUACCGCACCGCUCAGGCCCUGCAUCAGAUGACGCGCAGUGUCCUGAGAAGCACGACGCUGGCUCGCGGGACGCCACUCCCCGGCGGACGCACGAUGACCGGCUACCUGCGAGGUCGCGUCGCAAAUUCGGUCGCUCCUGGCUUCCCGUCCAUGAGUGCGGCAGCUCUUUCAACCGCCGUCGCGGCCUCCUCGACCGCUCGAACGCAGUUCCCGGAAAUCAACCUCCUGGCGGGCUACAAGGAGCGCCCACCGCCUUUGGACAAAGAUGCGAUGUACGCGCCGCCCCCUUCGGUGCGUCGGCUUGGAGGUGACGCCGCGCUGCAGCCUCCCUCUGUCGUUCGGCGGCCGGCGGAUGCCGCUUCGAAGUCGAGAGCCACGACUCUGGAUUGCGAUGGGAAGCAGGACGCGGGCAGUCACGGCACGUCUUCGCCAAACUUGUCCUCGAGUCGCACCGCGGCGGCGUCAUUGAUUCCUCACACGACCGCUUCACUUCCUGUCCCUCUCGAGGACCGUUACGGACCUGCGGUAACUUCCGGUUUGAGCACGCGGCUGGACCGCACUCACCAGAAGCUGCCGCCCGUUGUGGCGCUGUCGCGAGCCGAUGCACCUCCUGCACGACCCCUGGCCCGCACCUCGUCGUCGCAGAACCCAUUGCUCGCCUCCUUUGAUCAGUUCCCGAACCCGCUCAUUAACCGCCACCCUCUGGACCCCGUCAAGGACCACGUCGCCGCGGUCCCCUACGACCAUCACCCCUUCUCCGCCAAGGUCUUGCUUGCGGGCACGUUCCGCGUCAUGCUCAUCAUCGACUCGCGAGAGGUGGGCUUGCCGAUGCGCGGCAAGCGGACCGAGAUGAUCAAAUCGCUCGAAAAGGAGAACGUCCCCUGCGAUCGGCGCAUGCUGCCCCUCGGGGACAUGAUCUGGGUCGCUCGACCGAUCAAUUCUUUCGGCCAACCCACCGGAGAGGAUGAUGUCGUACUGGACGCGAUCGUCGAGCGCAAGAGGCUCGACGAUCUGUGUCACUCGAUUAUCGAUGGUCGGUACGUCAGCCAAAAGAUUCGGCUCAAGGAUUCGGCCAUCUCGCACCGCAUCUACCUGAUUGAAAAGUACGACGACAAGAGUCAAUGUGAGCCCGCGUUUCCUUCAUUUCUUUCUAUCGCGUCCCCGUGGCCGUACUGAUUCGCGGACCGUUGUAUAAUUCCUUUUGCGUUGCAGACGCUCAAUGUAAGACCACCCUUUUGACGCUCAGCUGUCACCUGCUUGACUGCAACUGACGUGAUUCGAUUUUUCCUCUGCAGUCGGGAAAGCGAUCUGGACGUGCAAGUCUCAGUUGCAGAUCAACGACGGGUUCUACGUACACGAGUCGGGCAGCUUCAAGGACACCAUCACGUAUCUCAAAAUGCAGACGCAGAUCAUGCGCGAACAGUACGAGGUGAGUACUAAGUCGUCGUGUCCAUGGCUGCUCACAUUUUGAAACAGCGGGCUAACAAGAGUACUUCUACGCACCAGUCGCAAGAUCUGCUCGUCAUUCCGGACACGUCCAUCGACCGACCGACCUACCUCUCGAUGCAACGCCAUCUUCAAGCGACUUCCCCUGCGUACCGCUACCUGACGACGUACCGCGCGUUCGAAGAACUGAACAAGGCCGACGCGGCACUGACGCUGCGUUCGCAGUGGGCGCGUAUGCUGUCCUGCGUCUCGGGACUGUCGGCCGAAAAGACUGUGCAGUUCAUCGGUCGUUGGUCGACGCCAAUGCAAUUCUUUGCCGAAGGUUCGGAAUGGAGUAGGAUCGUCAAGGAGGACCCGUUCGUUGCCGUCGAGGGCAAACCGGUGCCGAAAAGGGCGAGGAAGGAGGAGGACUUUGUCGUUGAGCACCUGGAGGAUGUCGGGGCGAGGGGAAUCAAAAGCAAGCUCGGGUCCAAGAUUUGGAAACUUUUCCAGACAGGCACCGCGUACGCCGAGUAA